AUGAAGGAUUGGUUGCGCCGGGAGAUUGAGGCUAAGGAUGAAUCGCCUCAUGCUUGGUUACACUUAGUUUACGAUAUGGUGCGGGUGUACUGGGUGACGGCCGACAAUCAUCAGAGCAACGGCAGACCGGAGACGUUGAUUAGGACAAUUAAGUAUUGGUUGCGCCGGGAGAUUGAGGCUAAUGAUGAAUCGCCUCAUGCUUGGUUACACUUGGGUUCACGAUAUGGUGCGGAUGUACAAUACCACCAGGACCUCGGUGGCAGGGGAGGGACUUUAAUGUACAGGUUAGUCCGAAGUUACAGGACAGGGUGUUGUCCUUGUUGGAGUCAGAGCAAGGCACAGGCGAUGGUCCGUGACGCGGUAGCAGCGGUCAGGGACAGGCGGGCUCGACUGGAACAGCAGACAAGUCGGCGGGAGGAUGUCCCUCUGUUGGCAGUCUGCUCGAGGGUCUGGUAUCGGCUGCGAGGGAAGUCUCACGACCUGUCUUCGCGGUGGGGUGGACCGGCGCGUGUAGUGGCGGUUCAAGCACCCUUUACGCAUACGGUUGAGAUGCCUGAUGGAUCUCGCCGUACUUUCUUGAGGGAGGAGUUGAAGCCGCACGUUGAGAAGCUCUCGGAGCAAGAGGAACGGCGCUCUGUGAAGACGCGUGUCUGGUCGGGUGAGCUUUGUUCAGCCUGGGGACGCUGGGAAUUCUGGUGUGACGAGGCGAAUCUGCCAGUUUAUGCACCACUGGUGGACGGCGAAGACGGGAAGAAGGUGCUUGGUGAGGACUAUCAGGUCUUGUUGAUGCGGGUGUUACCGCUGAAGAAGAGUCGUGAUGUAUUUAAGAGGAAGAUCUUGAAUGGCUUCGCUUUUGCACAGUCGGCGUUCUACAAGAAGCAGCAUCUACACUUGGGGUGA